GUUUGACUGAUUGACGCAUUGUAUUCGCGCAUAGUUCUUGACUGUUCCAGGCUAUAUAAUCUCUACUCCUUGAUACAGACUAUAUCGUUCACGCGUCAUCACCCCGCACUGUUCGGAUCUUCUCAAAUAUAAGCAGUUUCAAACAUGGUCAACAUCAAGAAUGAAGAGCUCAUGGCUGAGCUGACCCAAGAAUACCUGACCCCCAAGGCGGAACCGGAAUCAGACCCAGAAGAUUUUGCCAGUUCCAGUGAGGACGAAGACACCGUGUACGCCUCUGCCGAUGAAGAAGCUCUCGAAAAACUUCGGCAGGAUCUGGAGGCUGCGAAGGAACUCGUGAGCAGGAGGCAUGGUGGGGGCGAAUGGGAGAAAGAGUUGCAGACGCUUCUUCAACGUGUGGAUGACUCGCCGUCGACGCGGACGGUGGUAGUCGUUGGACAUGCGGGCCAUGGAAAGACCACGCUUUUGAACAGCAUGCUGCACUGCUCUGUCCUCACAACAGCGUCAUCCGUACGUGCAUGCACGUCAGCCGUCGUUGAAGUCCAUUAUGAAGACACUGCCGAAUACCGCGCGGAAGUGGGUUUUCUUUCAGAAGAUGCAUGGUACACGUUCAUCGAGCCCCUCGUAGAGGAUGUGCUGGAGGGUUGCACAAGGUUACCUUCAAUCAAUGAGUAUCAGGCAGGCGCAGGCGCAGAAGAUCCUGCCCACACGCUUGUCCAGUUAUUUCCACACCUAAGCGGUCAAAAAGUGACCAGCGACAUUUCGGUGGAGUCGUUGAGCAAUCAUCCAUCUGUAAAGGAAUUCGUCGGGACGACUCGGGACUUUACGGCCGACACCCCCGAGAAGCUGGAGGCAGAGCUACGAACGUACCUUUCAACUCGUCAAGACGACAAGCAAUCACGGUUAUGGUACAUUGUUGAGGUCGCCAAAGUAUUCGGACCAUUUGAAAUGCUAUCAACGGGAACAGUCUUGAUAGACCUUCCCGGCUACGGUGACUCCAACACAUUUCGAGGAACGAAAGCCGAAGAGUUCCUCAGGAGGGCUGAUACUAUCGUCCUCGUGUCUGACAUCCGACGAGUAGCGGAUGAUGCGAACACAUAUCGGUACUUGAAGAAGUCCAUUGAGCGGUUCGUAGGGUUCGACGGAAGGACGGUUGGAGAAGAUGCUUUGAUCAUGGUUGUCACUGGUUCGGACAAUCAAGUAUCUGAAGCCGAGUUCGACUUCCAGAGUGAGAAGCAGAAAGAGUUUGUCCACGAUAUCAAUGAGAAAAUCAAACCCGUCUCAGAUAAGAUAACGAACGCAAAAGCCAUCGUAGCUCAGAUAACGUCGAGUGCAAACCCAAAAUCUACGGGAAAAGGAUCUAAGAACAAGAAAACAAAACCCGUAGCCGAACCUCCAAAGCUAGAUGAAACAAAAGUGCAGCAACUCAAUCAAAUGACGGCACUUAUUGACGGACUCAACAACACACAAGACAACCUCCGACGCCAAAAAUAUAUCUAUCUAGCGUUGCGGCGAAACGAUCAAGUCAUCAGAUACGUUCAGACAUUGUAUAAAAACACGUACCGCGAGAUUGACAAGGGACUUACGGCGAUCAUUCCACCAAUAUCGGUGCACGUUGUGGGAUCCGUUGAUUAUCGUCGGCUUGAAAGAGGGGGGCCUAUGGAAGAACCGACCAUGGUGUUCGAUAAUGUGGAUGAUACAGGGAUACCUGCACUCCAAAAGCGUAUACGUAACGUAGCACUACGAGGGCGAUCUCACAAUCUAAUUUCAACCAUCACGUCAUUCGACGCUUUAGCCUCCGAGAUCAGUCAAUUCUAUAGGACUCAAAUAUUCCGAGACAUGAAGUAUGCUGCGAAAGCGAAACAGGUGCUCGAAGAGCUGCAAGAGAGCAAUCAGAUAGCUCAAACUGAGCGCGUCGAUAGGAUCGGCGAGCUCAUCGACUCUGUCAUGACUUCCAUUGAGAAAGCCGCUGAAAGUUCGGCUAGCGAAAGUCAUGAGGUCAUUCGUGACCUUGGCAGUACCAGACGAUUUAACACCUACAAAGCGAUCAUGCGGCGUCAUGGUGAAUGGAAGGACACGGACCUAAAUGAUGAUUUGUCGGAGGAAAUGGGAAACGAGGAUGUGUUAAGUAAAUGGCAUGGCAUGUUGAAUGUCGAGUUGAUCACUCAGCUCGACACACUGAACAAGGACCUUAUCACUCAAGUCGGAGACGCUCUGGAUGAAAUAGUUGAUGAAGCCGUGUAUAGCAGUUCUUCGGCACGCGAAGACAGGGAUGGGACACCAUUGCCCAAACGACUCAGACAAGAUGUCGCCCAACAUGGCACCCUCGCUAGCUGCAUCCAACAAGCACGGGCUUCUAUCAAGUACCGUGAAUCCCUUGGGAAUGCUCAUCAAAGUGCUGUUGCCUCCGUAAAAGCUAUACAACGGAGUUAUGGAGGGUCGUUCAGAGAGCUCGUAAAACAGGAGCUGGCUCCUCAGUACGACCUAGUAGCUUCAGAAUCAGGGGCGGGCAUGUUCGCUCGCAUGAAGGCUCGUCUCGAAGGUUACUUUAAAGAGAACAAUGAGAAGUUUUUCAAAAGCGUGCUGGAGCGUAUCCGCGAGCCGUUAUCCACGAUCCAAGGGCUGGUCGACUCGACGUAUAAGGACGAGCUGGACAAGGUAUAUCGUGUCAUUCGCAACACUAUGCUGGUCGAACAGCGCCCACUGAAAGAAGCUGAAAAAGCGGACAUAACAAAAUACUUAACUCUUCUUAAAAGGGCCCGAGGAACGGCGGCGGACUUCGCGGAUCAGCUUCGUAGCGACGUUGAGAAGGCCGACCGUGAGAUUGAAGAUGCUGCACCCGUGAAUCAUGAUGACUAAACGACGUGAUGCAAACGACCUCGGAUCUACAAUAUCUACUUUUACUCGAUAUAUUAAGCCUGCU